GACCCACGAGUUCCCCACAUUCCUCGUCUGUCCCUAUUUCAACCUUCAACUACUGCAUAUCGAUUGCCCGAUCGGUAGUGACCUUCCUAUCUGUUAGCAGCCUGGAGGUUUCCGUUCCAGUCGCUGGUCAUCCUUCCAGUUUUCAAUCCUCUUUCCCUUUUGCCCGCUUUCCUGUUUCCCCUGAGAGAACCAAACAAAAAAACCAAUUUCCCCCGAGGAGCAAGACAAGGAUCAAGGGACGAUUAGAUCGUACAAGGAAUAGAAGAGGAGAGAAUCACAAGCAAAAUAAAAUCAAGAGACUAUGGUCUCGUCUGGGUGAAAAUCAAAGGGCCGCUCACAUCCUCCGUCAUGGGUGUCGAUACGCGCAGACCGAUCUUGCCCGCCCCCACUGAAUCCAUUGUCGACACUACCACUGGCGAGAGUACAACAGGGACUGAUUUGGCAACUGACCUAUCUCGACGCACAGACAAGACGUCGUAUUCGAUUCCCGACGACGGGAGUCCCGUUACCAUCCCCACUCAGCGCAGGCACCGUGCCCACGGCGACGAUUCCAAACUGUCCCGUUCGGCGCCACACUCCCAGACCUCCCUGCUCAUCGAAUACUUCGAGGGCGGGAAGGGUUCUGGCUCCCUGGUCUCCCGUCCCAGUGUCCGAGUCCGGGUCACUCCUUCGUCUUCCAGGAAGUUGAAGGACCAGGAUCAUCAUAUCCAGAUCACCGAACACGGUAGCGGCCGAAAACCCGUGUAUUCGCGUCGCAUCUCUCUCAGCUCGCCUCCCCGGGCCAAGUCGCAGCCGAAAGAAUACGGCCUUGAUGAGUACAGCGUUAGCUCCCAAUCCGCCUCCGAUGACCAGCGUCCCCCUGGCCGUUCCCCCGUCGAAAUUGAGCUCAUGAAUCGUGACCAGGCCAGCGAGCUCUCCACCAUCUCUCGCGACAGAUACUUCAACCCUACCUCGGAUAUCUCGUCUAUGCCCGCGGAUUCCAUGCUAGAAGCCCCCUCUUCUGGUCCCCGACGAAAACGCAGUUCCAGUUUAGAACGAGAGCAGAGCUCCGACUCUAAAUCUUACCUCAAAACACCCACCCGCAAGAGAAGUCGCAGUUUAAGCACCGAGCGCAUUGCCCAUCGGGUUGCUGAGAAACUGAGCAACGAUCCCCGCGAAGCCGCCGGCAACAAGAACAACUCCGGCAAAGGCCAGCAGCAGCGGGCAGCAUAUAACAACAACAACCGAGACAGCGGUGAUUACCAAGAAUCAGAUCCCAAAUCUCCUCGACGACGAUUCGCCGCGUACCGUGGUGACGACGAAAACAUGAGUCCCGAAUCCAGCCUGUUGAGCGCUUCGGCGUUGUCCUCGCAUCGCAAAUCCGGGGACCAGUAUUCCUUCAAAUCAGGCACCUCUAAAUCAUCUAUCAACAACCCCAAACUCCUCGAAACAGUUGAAGAUGCCAUCCGGCGACUAAUUCUCCCGGAACUCAAAGAAUUAAAGAAGGACCAAAAGGUGAUGACCAACACCUCAAAAUUCGAACGUGACAUCAGCGCUUCCUACUCGCCCGCCAGUUCCCCGUCCCGGGACGAACUAGGCCGCCGGCUUUCAAAACAUGCCAGUGCUCCCAACGUCAGAAAGCCCAAGGUGGUCCUCAACAAGGACAGCCAAGACGAAGGUAUUGUCCUCUCGGGAGAUUCGGUUCCGUCGCAGCGUGAGCGAAGGCCCAGUAGAGACAGCGAGAUGACCACCGAUACGAGCCAAGUCAAAUGGGGUUCUCGUCCCGAACUGACCGAACAGGAAAAACUGCGCCGACAAAGGAGCAGGGGUCUGCGUGACGCCGAAAAGGCGGGUCGUGUGGGAAACGCUCUGACGGCUGCCGCUCUCAAGCACCACGACUCGCGAUCGAGCAUCGAUAAGAAUGAACGACGUCGGCCGAGCGGUCCACGGAGUCGAACCGGAAGUGUCAAUGAAACGGAGCUAGUCUUCCAAAAACACAACGUGGCGCCCAUGCCCCUCCGCAGCGCCAUCGAAUCCGAAAUGACAAGGGAUUCCCUGCUCUCAGAGCAGACCCGCGAGCCUACGGAACUCAGUGACAAUCGUUAUGCCACGCAGGAGGUGUCUCGCGGGUCGCCGAGGCAGCUCACAUCGCCCACUUCUCGCGUUUCGAACCGCGAUCCCAUGGACUCGCGCUACGACCUCAAGCACAGCAACAUGUCUAGUCACAAUCUGUCAAUCCACAGCGCCUCGGACCAUGAUGAUCGCGAGCAAAGCUACUCGCCCGUCGGAGAUGCCGCGGCGGGAGCCAUCGCGGCGGCGGCGGUGGCGAACCUCCUUGGCGUGUCCGAGCACGAUACCGAGUUCAAUGACCGUCGACGCACACUCAGCCCGAUUCAAAGCGUCGCGAGCUACCAGAGCGAACCGCACGUCAAGCAGGACUCGGCUCGCCAUGAUGGCCAGGCGAACUCGGCGGACGAAAGAGGUUUGGAACAACAAUACACAAGUCAAAGUGAUUACCUACGACAUCGCCAUGAUGAUGAUUAUGAUGACCACGAGCUCGGCUACGAAUCAACCCCCGUGGCUUCCCCGCGCAAUCGGAAGUGGCAUGAAGAGGAAGAAGAUGACUACGACGAUCACCGCCACCAAAAUGACGAUCAUUAUGACCACUACGGGGACGAUGGCCAUGCGUAUCGAAGCUCGAUUGCCGAAACGGUGACUACCAACGAUGAAGCCAAAAGAAUGACCGGUUACACCGACGACAGUGAAGUCAACUUUAUGGAAAAAGUCAAGCAAGGUCAUCCUGUUGCAGGCAUCGGGGCCAACCCUCAAUACGUCCAUCCCUCGACGGUGGAGUCCGCCGUGGCCUCACUCCUUGAUCCUACUAUUCUUGGGGGCAAGUCCGAUCUGUCUGGGGCCAAUCGCUCGCAGACCGAUCUCUCCCGACAGGUUGUCGAGAACCACAGCCGCAGCCCUAGCCCCAAACCCGUGGAAAGGACGGACCAAGCAUCUCAUGGGUCCCGGCACGGAAGUCCUCUCAAGCAGCGUCAGGACGUCUCGAGCCCGGAUGCCACCUCUUUUCCCCGACGGAUGAGCGCGACCUCCCCUCCUCAGAGUGUGACGCAGUCACUGGAUGACCUGGGGCCAACUCCUAGGUUUGCUCACGAGGAUUACCAUGACAACGGGAGUCCCAGCCCCAUGGCAGACCGCAGCCCUGAUUCAGAAUCAGAGAUCAACACCAAUCCAUCUAUUAUCCAGGGGCCCAUUGGAGGAGUUCCCCAUGACCACGGCUGGGCGGCGUAUGAUCAAACACCGUCUAGAGGUGAUCAAUCCCCUCUCUUCGACAACACGGGCGCCGCUGCUGGCAGCGCAGGCCUUGGCUUGGAUCCAAUGGAUCAACAGCAACCCGGUUACCAAGACUAUUACGCCAACGACUAUGACCCCAGUGGUGCUGCUUACUACGAUCAGCAGUACCCGAGAGGGCAGUUGUUCGGCACGCCCCCGGGAAAUAAGGACGAGGGUUAUGUAUCUGCCGCCAACCCUCUCUCCCCCAGCAAUGACACCCCCGAGCCCAAGGGAUUUGGCGGCAUGGGCCUGUUUGAUAGCCCUACCGGUGAUCACCCGCGCCAACUCAGUGGCUACUCUCAGGGAGUUGGUUCGCCCUUGUAUGAUAGCGCAACAGGUCGGGGGAUUGAGCGAAUCCAGUCCAAGGAUAUUGUGGCACUCAUGGACCACCUCACCGUUCGCGAUGCCCAGCGAAAUGCUCGGGAUACGGAGAUCCUUGUGACUCUAGUGCGAAGCGCAGCCGAGAUGCGCAACUCUUUCGAAGAGAUGAAAAAGUUCAUUUCCCAGCAGGAUGAUCUCCUCAUGGAGUCGAGUGACCGGCAGCAUGACCGCACGUUCCGAGCUCUCGGUGGACCGCGCCCACUCCCAGCCAGCGGUCCCCGAGGGGCGCGUCAGAACUCUGCCGAAGAUGGUGAAGACAUGCGCUCCAAGCGAAAGAAUGUGUUCAAGCGUGCCCUCAAGGGUCUGAGCCUCAAGUCUGGCAACGACCUCGGCCGCAUCGAGGACAUGUUAGAACAGCUUCUAGACGAGGUCGAAAUCCUACGCACUGGCCAAGACGAUCAGCUGAUGCGCAGAAGCAACCGAGCCCCUAGCGUGGACCCCGAGGGCUACGAACCCGAUGGUCACGCCGGAACUUCUUCUGAUAACCACUCCGGAUAUCUGUCCACCUUCUCUCGUCCGGUCCAGGAGCCGCGGGGGGUCAACACGAGGAGGGAGCCCGAGCACCGUGUGAGUACCGUGCCGGAAGCCGAUGAGGAGGACGAAGAGGAACUAGAUGUCAAUGGGCGAGGCGAGUUCCUCAGCCCACAUCUAGCCUCGAUGGAGAAUCCAAACAAUCGGCAUGAACGGGCCGGGUCUGCACCGGUCUCGACACCUCCUCGGACUGUUCCCAUGGCUUCGGGUGCACUCAGCAACGAAACCACGCCGAAGACGAGCGACAAAGCGCGCAAGCACAAGUCCAGCAGCUCCUCGUUCUUCCCCAAGAUCUCCCGGUGGUCCAAGACUACGGCGUCAUCGAUGGGUGACAACAUCCGAAACAGCAUGCAGCCGGCGCGCAAAGAUCGGGUGUCUUUUGAGGCUUCACGCUCUGGAUCCGACGUUAACGGACCGUACCGGGCAGGCGAUUACUACGAUCCCCAAGGUGAUGACAGGAUACGGUCCACUUACACUCUAGAUGAUCAGCGACAGGAGAACCGUCCUCCAUCACCGUUGGUGCCGUCGCAGCUCUCCGAAGCACCGAAAUAUCAGGCCCAUCGAGAUAGUCUCGAUCUCCAGCAUCCCCAGCCGCGGCAGGGUCCUACAGGGCGAUACCAGAGUGCACUAGAAACCCAGGCACAGGCGUACGGCAUCCCCGUAGAUCAGUGGGGGUCCAAUCCCAGCCUGUCAGGCGUCCACUCCAACAACCAGCGACACAGUGGCGCCAGUCGUCUAUCUCCCAUUUCGGACGCAGGGUACUCCGAGGCCAGCUCCCGCACAGGAGGGCCACCCAGGCCGCCGAAGAUCCGAGAUGAUGGGCCAUUGAUUCCCGAGCGGGGUCCCAAGAGCAGUAUUGGAGACGAGGACAGAUCUUACGCGGAUCGCGUUGCUUCUCGGAGCUCUGCGAUGCGCUCUCCUCGCAGCACGCCGCCUCCUACCCGGAAGCCUACGGGACCUCGUCCUUUGACCUCGGGGAAUCCCAACAGCCCUGGACGGCGGAAGAGAAGCUACUAUCGUGGCAGUCCCGAUCAGAUCGACGAUGAGCAUGUUUAUUGA